GCUUCUUUUUCCUCCCUCUCCCCUCCCCAUCCACCUCCCCCUCGCUCCCGAGUCCUCCUCACCUUCCCCCCUUCCAAACUCUCGCGGAUCUACUGCCCACACCUGCCGCCGUGCCGUGCCUCGGCGUCGCCGCCGCCGCCCCGGGGACGCCGCCGCCGUCGCCGUCCCUUCCCCGCCCCGCCGGGACGUCCUGCUCCGCCCCGUCGCCCGCCAUUGGGUCCCCGCCCUCCCCUCGAGGGUUACUGUGAUCUUGGGAAGCACUAGAAAGGUCGCUGCUUCUAUAGAGUUAUCGCAGAAUGGCUUAUGGUGGAGAUGAGCAGCAAAGCCAGGAUUAUCUAUUCAAAAUUGUUCUGCUUGGUGACUCUUCUGUUGGCAAAUCAAAUUUGCUAGCCAGAUUUGCUAGGAAUGAGUUCUUUCCAAAUUCGAAAUCCACAAUAGGAGUGGAAUUCCAGACCCAGAAAUUGGUGAUAGAUGGAAAGGAAAUUAAAGCUCAGAUAUGGGACACAGCAGGACAAGAACGUUUCAGAGCAGUCACAUCUGCCUACUACAGAGGAGCCGUUGGAGCUCUUCUGGUUUAUGAUAUUACCAGGCGCCAGACAUUUGACAGUGUCGGCCGAUGGCUUAAUGAACUGCACGCUCAUUCGGACAUGAAUGUCGUCACAAUUCUGAUUGGCAACAAGACCGACCUCAAGCAUGCGCGGGAGGUGAGCACCGCGGAAGGCAAAGCCCUGGCUGAGGCGCAGGGCCUCUUCUUCAUGGAAACCUCAGCGAUGGACUCGUCGAACGUCACAGCAGCUUUCCAAACCGUGGUCAAGGAGAUCUACAGCAUACUAAGCAGGAAGGUGUUCCAAUCUCAAGAGCAGAAGAAAAGCGAGCUGCAGUCGCUAAGCAACGGGAAAGCCGUGGUGCUGCAGAGCGACGCCCCCAGCGACACGAACAGCAGCGGGAGGUGGUGCUGUUCGUCGUAGAGCAUGGUUCCUGGACUUGAUGACCACGAGAGAGGGUCCCUGUUGCGUGCCGUAGGAUGUAAUGAUGCGGAUCCGGUUAGUGAAAAGUUGUGCUCGCCUUCUUCAUCAAAAGGUAAAAGUAGGCCGAGGGUUGGUUGGUUGUAUGAAAGGUGUGCUUUUCCAUUGGAGGAAAUCUCAGUGUAUAGUUCCAUUGGUCCUUCUGGGGUAAUGAUGAUAUACGUGAUUGUGUAAAGAGGAAAACUAUGCCACCCACUGGCUGCUGUGUCAAUUCAUUCCACAUC